AUGGCAAAGCCAUCCAAAAGCGCGAGACCCAGCGCCAAAGCCACGGGAGUCGCGCAGGAUACAGCCACAAACCAAAACACAAUAGCUACGACCAAAGCAGACCCCUUCCAGGCACUGAACCUGGACUGCAUCAACGCAGUACUCAAGCAUAUGCCUGCCUCUGACUUGGCGCACGUCCAGCAGGUAUGCAGGCUCUGGAAGGUCCAGACCCAGGAUUGGAUUGCGGCGCGUGGGCUGAACAUGAAUUUCCCGCGGGCACGGAAUCUUCCGAGAAUUGACGACGGGCAAGAAAGGCAUGGGGAUGGAGAACAGGACUCGGACGAGGCCAACAUUCCGCUAGCGAUGGAAAGGUUCAGACAAUUCGGCAUCGAGCAAGCAACAACCGCCCGCUGGACCUCAGGAAAGCCAACCUGUGUCAACGAGUACCGCAUCCACAUCCUUGAUGGCUCCCUCGUCAUGGCAGGCGACUAUGUAGCCUGGAUGCGAAGCGGCUAUUUCUUCUGCAGCCGGGCGGGGUACCAAGUCGACGAGGACGGAGACCACUGCCCUCACCCCGUUAAGAUGUUGGACUAUCACGUCGUGCCCGAGCAUUCCCUCGCUGCCGUGCAGCUGCACGCCGCCGGGUACCUUGUUAUUGUUGAGAGCACGCAGCGUCUGCGGGCGCAGAUGCAGGGUUCCUUGGAGGAUUUCAAGUACAGCCAGUUCGUAAUCGACCUCAAAACGGGCAAGACGAUCUGGUCGCAAGCAGUGCCGUACCGUGCGAUCGACCAACAGACAAACACGAUUUCCCCGAUCGCGCUAGGCUGGGACCGCAUGUUUCGACACGGGAUGGACGUCGGCACCGUGGACGUCUAUGAUCUCAAGACUGGCGGCCUGGUCUACACCUUUGAGCCAUCGAUACCCGCCUCUAUGCUCCGGCCCGGAUGGACCUGGAUCUGGCGUCUCGGAGGCCGCGACGUAAUGGUGGUAUUGCAGUGGGAUGUCGUUGCACAUGAGGGCGAGUACGGGGAUGAGGACGACGACAAUGACAACGGGACCCCGCGGCCUACUAUAUGUCAAUUCGAAAUAAUUGACGCCGUUGACGGGCAUAUGCUGCAGACGAUCCGGUUCAAGGGCUGGGACGGCCUUACGAUAUCAUUUAGUUCCAGGCUUGGAGAGAAGGCGUUUGCAAUGGUGAGCGAGUACACGACGGUGUUGGGUAGACGGACGGGAUGUUGUCAUACGUUUGAGUAUAGUCCCUCUGCAGACGGGCUUUUUGUGGACCGCGGAUUGGAAACCUUUAACCUCACCGCGCUGGGGGUGAAGGACGUGCAGAGGGAGAAGAUCGACAUCGACCCUUUCAGGCGGUUCAUUGUUGCUGUGGGUGUUGGCAACGGGUGCCCUCGUGUCGUUGAGAUUCCAAGGGACCCUCCCGCUCUGAAUUCUACUGUCCGCCGUGUCCACUCUAGGCCGGUGCGUCUGUUUGUGGGAAAAACCAAGACCAAGAGACCCUAUCGUCUCCGCGAGGGGAGGCAGAUUGAUAUCAUUAACCGCGUUUUUAUUCUCGGGAACAGGCUUUGCCUGGUCUAUUCUGCCCGUCCAGGCUAUCCGGUCAAGUUGGAGUAUGAUGUUUUGGGCUUUGAGGUUGAGGGUCUGACGCGCCCGACAGAUUUAGACGUCCUCUGGUAUGAACCGGAUUCUUGUCCGAUGUUUCUACAGCACAUUAUAUGA